GAUAACGCCGCGUGAAGUGGGCUGCUUUUGGAAAUUUUACGAUUCAUUGUUGCUUGGACGUGGCAGCCAUGACGUGAUUUCUGACUUUGACUAAGAAAAUUUUUUGUUAAAACUUACAUUUGUAAUUUAUAGAAAAUUAACUUAAGGGGAAUACGUGCAUUAUAUUUAAACCAGCAACAAGAGCUCAAUUAAGUGUAAAAUAAAAAGUGUGUGUGUGUGAAAACUAUUGCAAUUAACAAAAAAAUACAUAUAUUGUGUAAGAAAAAAAGAGAAAAAUAAUAAAAUACAUAUAUACAAAUAUACACAUACAUGUACAUAAUGUGUACAUGUAUGCAGAGCAUAUGCAAAAAUAAACGAAUAAAUAUGUGUGCAAUAUUGAUGAAAACACAUAUUGUCAAAUUGAUAUUCUGGUUUCCGCUUCCCCCGCAUCCCGUUGUUGCCGCCGCGUUAUACGCAGUUGAUUGAUUUCUCCACUUUUAUGUGUGUGUCUGUGUGUGUUCGUCUCGGGCGGAUCGCCGUUUAAUCUAUAUGUUUAAGUGUGACACAGCCACAAUUGUGCCACCACUUACAUUAUGCAGUCCGCCGCCGUUCAAUAAAUAUUUUAUACAAGUGUACCCAAAUACAUACAUACAAUAUAUAUAUACAUAUACAUAUUUACGUCUGCCUGUUGUGAGUGCAAAUAAAAUAACACAAAUUUAACAAAGCACAGAAGUCAAGAGGAGGAGCACAACAACAAAAGGAACAAGCAACAACUAUCAAAUCAACACUCAUCAAUUAAAUAUCAAGCUAAACAACUACAACAACAAUUAAAAAAACCAUCAGUAACAACAAAAACGUCCAAUUUGAAAAGAUUUCCAAUUUAUCCAUCAAAAUCAAUCGUAGUUGUUGGUAUCGAUUGCCCGAUAAGCCGAUAUACGGACAGUUUACAACACUGUUCGGCUGUACACAGCAGCGACGAGCACAGCUGAUUGUGUCUCCUCUUUCCUGUUUGUGUUUGCGGGGCUGUGAAAGGUGCCGACGAGAAACAGAGAAGUGUGGCAGCAGCAGCAGCAACAAAAUCAUCAACCACAACUAAGGCUGUGUGAGACGAGGUGACACACACACGCACACAGCAGCGCAGCGGGCAGGUGGCAGCCGAAAACAGCUGUUUCAACAUUAACACAAUAAAAAUUCACUGAAAGAAGAACAAGAAAAAAUAAAGCGCGGCUGUCAGACUACAAAUUGAAAACUAAAUGUCAACCCAUACAAAACCACAUACGCAUUCUUUUCCAACCGUGGUGCGAUAAUUACACACGUAUGCAUUCAACAACAGCAACAACAACAAUAACCAAAAACUAGCAAACAACAAACAAACAAUCAAAAAUCAGUUGCCAUUUUGGGCCCCAGGCUGUUUCUACUACGUCACAGGAGAGAGGAGGAUCAGGAUCAGGAUCAGUGCCAGCAGCAAACAACAACUUCCAGUUACAGUUACAUACACUUCCAUUGCCACUUCCGCAACAAAACAAAAAAAAAAAGGAAACACUCGAAAAACAAAAACAGUGUUUAAGUUAUUGUUGUCCAACACUGGCCAAAAUUAUUGCCAUCCGCCAAGCAACGUCACAAGGAAAAGGACAACGCAGCCAACAACAAUCGAAACAUUUUUAAAAGUUAUUGAGAAUAACCAAGCAACGUAUAUCAUUUGUGAUCAUCCAGCAACCAGAGCAUCAUCAUCAUCAUCAGUCAGUAGCAGCGGCAGCAACAUCAGCAGCAUAAUCAACAUUCAAUUUUGAGAGGGGGGGUGCGGACACGUUAUGAGCAAUUCGAUUGCAUCAACAAAAUGCCUGCCCAAUGUCUCGUUCUCGUCCGGCAAUUAUGGUAUGUCACAAAGCCACCGUUAUACCGAUGAUAACAAGGAGUACAUAUUCCUCAAGCUCACCGACUCUGCGUACCGUGCCAUCGAGGAGUAUCAAAGAAAUGAGAAUGCCAAACGUUUGGCGCCCGGCCAGUGUCCCAAAAUCCAAUGCAAUGGCAACACUGGCAUCAUACACUUCCCGCUGCCCAGCAGCGCCGGCGAUAGCAAUAAUUCUGUUAAUAAUGGCAACAACAGCAUGGAGAGCGGACGUAAAUUUGGCUUCACCAUUGACGAUCUGGAGGGCACAUUGGAGUGCAUACAGCAGCAGGAGCAGGGACUGGAUGUUCUCGGUGCAUUGGCGCUCCGAUUGCGCGUCCAUGCCAAUGAUGAUGUGUACGAUACGACACGCACCAAAAUGGCCAGAGCCGAGGAGACGGAGAAGAGCAAGUGUAUACGCGAGAUCAAGCCAAAUCAAUCGGAUAUUGGGCGUAAGGUGAAGAAGCCAGCCUCGGCAUCAUCAUCACAUCACAGUGGGAACAACAGCAACAGCAUCAGCAACAGCAACAAUAGCAACAACAGCAGUAGUAACAGCAGCAAUAGUUUUAACAGUAACAAUAGUCGUAAGUUAGUUUCAUCACCAUUUAAUGGUCUGACGUCAUCAUCAGCUGCAGCAGCAGCCGCAACAGCAGCAGCUGCAAUAGGAGUAGGAGCAGGAGCAGGAUACGCCUCACGCUCACCCAAUCCCAAUCCCAAUACAUUGGGUGCCAGCGGCACAGUCAAUGGCAACAAUAAUAAUAAUCAUGGUCACGGUCAGCGCAACAGCGCAAUCGCAACGUUGGCCAACACAUUUGCCAGCGGCAUCUCACAAGGCUGUGGUGCGCUAAGCGGCAGCUCGCCCCGAGACAACAGCAUGAGCAGCAGUACACAUGCAACCGCAGCAACUGGAUCUUCGUUCAGCAACAGCAAUGGUCGCAAUAAAAUGCUCAACGGCAAUAGCGGCGGUAACAGUUACUCGCGCAACAGCAGCAAUGCCAAAUCCAUGGGAGGAGGAAGCGGAGGAAACGGCAACGGUGGUGGUGGUGGCAGUGUUGGUGGUGUUGGACAUGCCAAUAAAAUGUCGGAUGUAUCGCGGCGUAGUCUGCGUGAGCGUUUGGUCCAUUUGCUGGCAUUGAAACCGUUCAAGAAACCCGAGCUGUAUUCGCGCCUGAAGAACGAGGGCAUCCGGGAUCGCGACCGCAAUUUGAUGAGCAAAACACUCACUGAGAUUAGCACCAUGUCUCACAAUACGUAUAAUUUGCGGCAUCAGAUGUGGAACGAUGUCGAUGAGAACUGGCCAUUCUUUAGCGAACAGGAGCUGCAGCAGCUGAAACGUCGCAAACCACAGAAUCUGACGCCGCCGAUGAGCUCCGAUGCGGGCAGCUCCACAUCAGGCCAAAGUCCAACCUCAACCCAUACGGGUAGUCCGCCUCCGUUGCUGCAAUUGCCACCCAGCAUGAUGAUGGGUGGAGGCGGGGGACAGCAAUCGUUGUCCAAUCACGGCGGCAUUGGCGGUGGCAGUGGCAGUCUCAAGCGUAGCAGCAUCGAGUACGACGAGAUGUUUAGUUCCGUGCAUCCCAAAAAGCAGCGCAUCAGUCAUUACAACAGGGAGACGGGUGGCAGCAUCAGCAGCAGCGGCGGCGGCGGAGGUGGUGGAGGAAGCGGAGGAGGAGGACCACAAUAUAAUAGUACAUCAUCAUCAUCCGGCAACAACAACAGCAACGUUUCGUCCUCGUUUCGGAGUCGGACUACUGCUUAUACGCCGCCGCAGCGACAGCCGCCGCAGCUGGAUGAGCAGAUCAGCAACGAUUUGACCUACAGUGUGUUGGACAACAUGGAUGAAUUUAGGAGCAUGACAGCAGCAGCUGCAGCAUCAACUGCAGACCACCAACACCGCAGCAGCAGCAGCAGUAGCAGUCGACGUGGCAGCAGUUCCUCAUCGAAGCAGAGCAGCGGCACCGAUAAGCGCAACUCCACCGGCAGCAAUUCGAGCAGCUGCAGUGUCUUUGAGACGACAACAACGUCGACGACGACGGUGCAACAGGAGCGCAACAGCAACAGUAGUCGCCAAUCUGCCACGCAAAGUCGCAAAUCCUCAACGACGCCACCAAAAUUGGCAGCAAGCUUUGUUCGCCAAUCGGCGCCGGCAGCAGCGACGCAACACCAGCAGCAGCAGCAACAACAUCAACGCAGCAGUCUGAGCAGCAACAAUAAUGCGCACGACGAGUACAAUUCAUACAACAACAAUACGCAUGCCGCGUCCAACAGUAAAAAGCGUACGAGUAGCAGCAGCAACAACAGCAGCAGUAGCAAUAGCAAUAGCAAUGGUCAACGUCAGCGCAGCAGCAACAGCAAGAACAACAGCAGCAGCAGCAGCAGCGUCUAUCAGCAGCAUCAACAGUUGCCAGCGCCACACCAGCAGCAGCAACAGCAUCAGCAGCAAACAAAACAACAUCAUCAGCAGCAACAGCAGCAGCAAAGGCGUCGCGAUCGUGAUUCUGCAAUAACAACAACAAUAUCGGCGACAACAUCAUCGUCAUCAUCAUCAUCAGCAGCAGCAAUCAGCAAUAAUAAUCAAUCGGUUAAUACAAAUGCCGCCAUACAUCCAUCGCCCACACAGCAACUGGCAGCGGCGGCACAUGCAUAUGCAGCUGCAACAGCGGAUGCGGAUGUGAAUGCUGCACCACGGUAUGACUUCAGCAAUUAUGCGCCGAUUCGCACGCUGGAGGUGCGCAGACGGUACAAGACUGAAUUCGAGAGCGAUUACGAUGAGUACAGCAAGCUGGUCACCAGCGUUGAGGGGGUCAGCAAACGUUUCCAGGAUCUCUCCAAGCGUUUGGAGGACGCCAGAAAAGGUGGCGGUGAUUACGAUGAGAUCAAGCGUCAAAUUGUCAGCGAAUAUCAGCGCAUCAAUAGCGAUCGGAGAAUCCAUGAGGAUAAGUUGCGAUUCGAUUAUUUGCAUGCGAAGUUGGCGCACAUUAAGCAGCUGGUGGUGGACUAUGACAAGACUUUGAUGAGUGCAACAUCAGCAACAUCAUCAGCAAUACCAGAGACAACAGCAACAUCAGCGGCAGCAGCAGCGCGUUUUACGGAAAACAACAGCAACAACAACUUGCAGCAUCAGCAACAUCAUCAGCAGCAUAUUCAGCAAGAGCAACAUCAUUCUGUUGAAACGAUACAGCAGCAAGAGCAGCAACAACAGCGCCACCAUUACAACAUCAAUAAUAAUAAUGAUAACAACAACAACAACAAUCAUGGCAGCCACGAGAGCGACUCGGAUGAUAGUUCGGGCAGCUCAGAUUCCAAUGAUGAUGACGAUGAUGAUGAUGAAGAGGGUUGCGAUGAUUCCAACCCCAAUACUGACGAUGACGAACGCUACUGAAACACUGAAACACAACAACACAAUGAAUGAAUCAAUCGGCAACAACUACAAAGAGCUACUUCUUGAUAACACGACAACAACAACAACAGCAACAACGUCGACACAAACACCAAGCAGCUAUGCACCAAUGCAAUGCAGUUGCAAACAAUGUAAAAAGGCAAAAAAAGAAACUAUUAUACAUAACUAUAUAUAGAA